AUGGCUUCUCGAGAAGUGAUCAGCAUCGCUUCGGACGAUAGUGACUCGGCCGAAGAGAACCAAAGCCCACAGAAUAAGUCGGAAGCAAAGCAAAGCAGCAGUUCACGCAAACACAAAAAACAUAAGCGACACAAAAAGUCGUCUAAAUCUGAUAAAGCAGACAAACAGCAUAAGUCUAAAAAACACAAGAAACACAAGCGAAAACAUCGUGCUGAGGAUGAUGACAACGAUAGCAGUUCGGAGGGUGAACUUACAAAGAAUGGUGAUCCCGUAUGUUCGGAUCCCCGAAAAAUGGAACAAGCUUUUCGAAUAGCGAAACAAUCAGGCGAAAACGACCUUCGCGAGGUUCGCAGUUUAGACAUAGACAAUACCACAACACGGUUAAAAAAUAACGGAAGUGCAAAAGUGAUGCCUGAGAAACGUAAGGGACACAUAUCAACAGAUCCGGACAAGCUCGUGCUAAUGUUGACGCAAGACUUAGACAAGCGCAAAGAGGAUGUGGUCUCGGUAGAAAGCGAAAGCGAUGGUGUCGCCGAAGAAGAUGCACCUAGCCCGGACGUGGCCGUUAUCGAGGACGAUGAGCUUAAUUUAGAAGAUUUGAUGCGUCAGAAAGCACUGCUUCAAGCUCGUCUCGGUGAGUAUGCGACGGACGAGGAAGACGAUGGUCUUGGAAAAUCGUCCCGAGCAGAGUCCGCAAAUACCAGGGGGGAAAAGCCGAUCAAAAAGAAAAAAAUUGAUGCCAGCGAGGCAGUCAUCACGAUCGAUGGGGACUCGACACCGGAUGAUACUGACCAGUUACGCAAGAAAUCAAUCAACGCCACGAACAGGACUUCGAGAGGCGGCAAGGAAGAGACUCAAUCUGCACACAAGAGCGUCAAUGUGGAGUUGGAGAAUAAAAGAGCUAAAGAUUAUCAGCAACAUCCGGCGGACGGCCGUGUUAGACAGAUGGAGCGUGACCGCGAUCGUGACAGAGAAAUUAGAAUGAGGGAAGAGCGGCGCAAUCGGGAAGAGGAUAACUAUAAACGUCGCAUGGCCGAGGAACGGUUCGAACGGGAAAAAGCACGAGAACGCGAGCGGGAUCGGGACAGGGAACGGGCACGGGUGCGCCAACGGGAGCGAGACCGGUCAAUGGAAAGACGACGCGAUCGACGCGGAUAUUCUCCUCGUGACCGAAGCCGCGAAAGACGUUCCGUCGAACGUGGUCGCGGAGGUGGUGGUAGGUUAGGUUCGCGUGAUCGUUUUCGCGGUCGUAGCAGAAGUAGGGAUCGCGAUCUACGCCUUGGUGCAGGCAGAAACGCUAGGGACAGGGAUCGUGAUCGAAUGCGUGAAAGAGAUCGUGCAAGAGACUAUGGACGAGGUGCGCAAAGAAACGGUCGCGAUGGUCGUGGCUCAGGUAGAGGUCGUAAGUUGGAUGAUGAUCGUUUUAAAGAUUCGCUUAGCGAAGGGUUAAAGCAGCAGAAAGAAUCUAGCAGUGAAAGUGAAAUGGGCGAUAUUGAUAUCGACGACGAGGAAGAUGAGGAGAAAAUCAUCGAGAAACGGCGGAAAGAACGGGAAGCCCUUCUCAAGAAAUUGGGUGUUGUAAAUGAAGACAGUCAAACGAUGAUGGAAGUACAACCACCCGAAGCUCGUCAGGUCAGUAUGGGUAGCACCGCACCAUCUUCGCGAAACGAGAGCCGCGAAGCCACCGUUCAUCGCACGGAAGAGCACGAUCGCGAUGGAACAGACCAAUCUCUAACCCCACCGAUACCGAGCGAGCGGAAGGAUCUGAUGGAUAAGGUAGAACGUAAGCCGAAAGAGUCACCCGACCCACCGAAAGAUCUGGACAGGCAGAGUAAGGAACUGAAAAGUACUGCGAAAGAAAAUGUUAAACGCCCCGAAUGGGACAUGUUUGCCGAACAGGACAUCGACUCAAACUUCGACUCACCUGGCACGGUGGUGGCGAACAAGCAGGCGCACGAAAAUCCAGCCCUCACGGACAACUGGGACGAUGCGGAAGGCUACUAUCGUGUUCGAAUAGGUGAAAUCCUGGAUAACCGGUACGUGGUCGCCAAUUACACUGGGCAGGGCGUGUUCAGUACGGUAGUCAAAGCCAGGGACCAGGCUCGCGGUAACGCGUUCGUUGCAGUCAAAAUCAUUCGUAACAACGAAAUCAUGCAUAAGACAGGAUUGAGAGAGCUUGAGAUAUUGAAGAAACUCAACGAUGCGGAUCCGAGCGAUCGUUACCAUUGUUUGCGCUUGUACAGGCACUUUUUCCACAAGCAGCAUUUGUGCAUGGUUUUGGAGCCACUGUCGAUGAAUCUACGUGAAGUACUGAAGAAAUAUGGGAAAAAUGUUGGUCUGCACAUCAAAGCAGUGCGCAGCUAUACCCAGCAACUUCUGUUGGCUCUGAAGCUGCUGAAAAAAACUGGAAUUCUUCACGCAGACAUCAAACCGGAUAACAUUCUCGUGAACGAGAACAACUUGGUACUGAAACUGUGUGAUUUCGGCUCAGCGUCGUCCAUCACGGACAACGAAAUCACACCAUACUUGGUGUCACGGUUCUAUCGCGCCCCGGAGAUAAUCCUUGGUCUGGCGUACGAUUACGGCAUUGAUAUGUGGUCGGCCGGGUGCUCCAUCUAUGAAUUGUACACGGGCAAGAUCUUGUUUAGUGGUCAGUCCAAUAAUCAAAUGCUUAAAUUUUUCAUGGAUCUGAAGGGCAAGAUACCGAACAAGCUGAUACGUAAGGGACAGUUCAAGGACCAGCAUUUCGAUUCAAAUUGCAAUUUUCUAUCGCACGAGAUCGAUAAAAUCACAGAACGGGAAAAAGUGGUUGUAGUAUCAGUGAUCAAACCAACAAGGGAUUUACAGCAGGAGCUGAUCGCAGGACAAAAUCUCCCCGACGACCAGAUACGAAAAGUGUCCCAACUAAAAGACCUGCUGGAUAAGGUGUUUGCGCUGGAUCCGGCGAAGAGAAUUUCUUUGAACCAUGCACUGGCACAUCCGUUUAUCCAAGAUAAGAUCUAAAUGAAUCACCACCGCGAAGUAUGUCCCGACACCAGCUGUAUGCAACGGAAGUAUUGUCCUUCCAACAAUUGGAUCAUCACCCGAGCAUCAUUAGCUAUAUACAUAUUAACGAUCCUUUUCUUACUUACGCUUCAUUGAACAACACCUCUUCAUCUGCAUUCGUCCUCGGUUGUUCAUCGAUCGACGAAGGAAGACCAACCCAAUGAUGCACUCAUUGAUCAUUCGUAGGAAUUGAAGUGUGUGAUUAUCAUGCUAUGAAGACCAUGAUGAGAACUUGUAGAGACAAUUUCUCUUGUUUUUCACGAAGCAAAAAUAAGAGAGCACUUGAUGUUGAUAAUGGGUGUGACCACCACUGUGAGGCUGUAUGUCGAAGAAAGAGACUAUGCUUGGCUUGGAAACGGCAAACUAUCGGUGAUCGUAGUGGAGCUCCCAAAUCAUUCCAGCCAGUGCUAGACGAAAAUCCACCCGUCGCACAGAAGCAUGAAACCUGUCUUGGACUAGGUCUCUUUGUAUCUCGUGGAGCCGCUCGCAAUUGUGUUCAGCUCACGAGCAGGAAUUCCAUCGUGCGUACAGAUUCCGUAGCACGCCUCACCUCAUGGGAGUUUGGGGAGGAUUUGCUGUGUUUAAGAGUUCGAAAAGCCGAUUGAACCCAAUACAAGCAGCAGCUUCUCACGAUUGUGAUCUUUGUCUCCCGUGGCGGAUCAGGUUGUUAUGUCUUCAUACUUUCGGAGUAGUCUUGCGUAAAAGAUAUUUCUCGGUUUUUUGUGUGCUUCAUUUCUUUCCAGCUUGACAAUCCUCGAGAAAGCAGUUUCGCAAGAACCUUGUGCACCGCGGCGUGCCAACAUGUACCGUUUUACACAACCCAUCAACUUCACGAUAAUAUACCAAAUACAUUUGGCAAAGAAGGUAGGUUCAUAUUUGCAGAAAACUAUCCGAAUGAGUUGCUCAACAAACACAUGCAAUUGAUGUUCCUGGAGGCGGACAUGUCAUCGCAUGAAAUGGAAAAAAUCAACAAUAAAGGUGUCUCACCGCGAG